GGGACUCCGCGUCGACGCUCCAACAUUCGCACAGGCUGCGGAAGGGUUGUCUGCAGCAUUGCUGUGGGCAGCCAGGGUGUAUCACUCUAGGUGAUGUGCUCCGAAUAUCUCUAGGAUCCCAGUAAACCAUUCAUGCUCCGUCAGUUCCGUAAAGGGACCGACAAGAGAGCUACACUGUCGGCCAAAGAUGGACGUCACCAAGGCCAUCUCGGCCUACAUUGAACGAAUGAUCACAGAUGUCAACGGCAUGAAAGUUCUUCUCCUCGACGCAGAGACGACCCCAAUCAUAUCGACGGCAUUUACACAAUCAUCCUUGCUCUCUCACGAAGUCUAUCUCACAGAUCGCGUAGACAAUGUAUCUCGGGAUCGAAUGCGACAUCUCAAGUGUGUCGCCCUUUUGCGACCGACACCGAGCAGCGUUGACUUCCUCGUGCGAGAGUUGCGAGAACCAAAGUAUGGAGGUUACUGGAUUUACUUUACCAACGUACUGAAAAAGUCUUCCAUCGAGCUCCUUGCCGAGGCUGACUCUCACGAGGUAGUCAAGGAAAUCCAAGAGUUCUUCUGCGACUACAUUCCCAUUACACCCUCGCAUUUCAGCCUCAACAUUGAUUGCCCUCCACACAGUCUAUGGAGUCGAGAUGCUUUCCGUACAGCCGCAGCAAGUGGUGCUGCAUCCUCCAUAGCAAAUGGGGGAGGGAGUAACACAGGCUUCUUGCACGAAUGGGAGCCAGAGAGUCUGGAGCGGCAUACACAUGGUUUGAUGGCCCUCCUGCUCAGUCUAAAGAGACGGCCUGUGGUCCGAUACGAGCGCAUGAGCGGCCUGGCGAGACGACUAGGGGAAGAGCUCGUGUAUCAAAUGAACCAAGCACAACAGUCCCUCUUCGACAUGCGACGCACCGAGGUCCCGCCGCUUUUGCUCAUCCUUGAUCGACGAAAUGACCCCGUCACGCCAUUGCUCUCGCAGUGGACAUACCAAGCGAUGGUACACGAAGUGAUCGGCAUACGCAACGGUCGCGUCAGCCUCGAGAAUGCACCCGGUAUCCGUUCCGACUUGCGCGAGAUCGUCCUCUCCGUCGACCAGGACCCAUUUUUCAGUGCGAAUGUGUAUGACAACUUUGGCGACCUAGGCGCCAGCAUCAAAAAGUAUGUGCUCGACUACCAGGCGAGGACGAGCAGCAAUAGUAAGAUCGAGACGGUCGCGGACAUGAAGAAGUUUGUCGAGGAGUUCCCAGAGUUCCGCAAGCUUGGUGGAAAUGUCAGCAAGCAUGUGGCGCUGCUUGGAGAGCUAAGCAGAAGGGUCGAAGAAGAGCGUAUGCUCGAGGUCAGCGAGCUGGAACAGAGUCUAGCCAGUCAGGAAUCACAUACCACCGACUUGCAGAACGUUCAGCGAAUGAUCGAAUCGCCCGACAUUCAGCAAGAAGCCAAAGUUCGUCUGGCCAUCUUGUAUGCGCUGAGAUAUCAGCGCAACUCCUACAACCAGAUUGGAAACGUCGUUAAGCAGCUCUUGCACAUUGGCGUACCGGAAUCACGAGCAGCACUCGUUAAUGUGAUGCUCAACAUUGCUGGCGCAGAACAAAGACAGGACGACCUGUUCGCCAACGAAGGACUCUUCUCUCGCGGGAAGAGCGCGCUCAAGGGGUUGAAGGGUGUCGAGAACGUGUACACACAACAUUCUCCGCACUUGGCAGAGACAAUCGAGAACCUCAUGAAAGGCCGUCUGAGGGAUACUAGCUACCCUUUCGUGGGGCAAGCACCAGCUCCAUUAUUGCAGAGGUAUCAAGACGUCAUCAUAUUCAUCAUCGGAGGCUCUACCUAUGAAGAGGCUCGAUCGAUAGCGCUGAUAAAUGCGCAAGGUCCCUCUGGACCAGGAAUGGGCGCGCGGUUUCUGCUCGGCGGCACGUCGGUGCACAAUUCACAGACUUUCCUCGAUAUGGUCCAAGACGCCGCGUCUCGCUUCCCCGCGAGCGUCACUCGCCGUCCCACAACCGCCCCUGGCGCCGGCACUGGCGCAAGGGGCUUGAGCGUAGGACCAGUUUCGCACAACGCGGCUGGUUCAGCAGGCGGGGCGAGCGCGGCAGGCCCAGCUGCACUACUAGAUUCGGAAAUCCUUGGCGAGGCGGCAGACGGUGCGAAAAAUUUGGCGCGCGGCCUGUUCGACACUGUCCGCAGAGGCGUGGAAGGCAUCGCGCUCCAAUAACAUGCUUCUUCCAUACCAUUCAUCGGAAGAGAAACGCUUCUGUGUGGACUGCGCUCUUCACGUGGUGUUGCGCUAUAUACCGACUGCUACUCCCUACGUGGAUGGUGCGGUGUUUGC